AGGAAACUCGAUGUUUUGCAGAGUGAUCUAAAAUCAGAAGAUUCAGGAAGUGAUUCCGUGGACUGUUGAAGCUUUCAUUCUAGUUAGCAUUUGAUAGAAUGGUCUGGUGACAGUUUAUACGUUCGUCACCCGACAGGAGUUGGCCAACUAAAGUCACCUGACAAUCAGACAAAGUGAAAGUGACGAAAAAUGGCGCUCAUGUUUCAAGCUACAGCUAGCAUCAAGAAGGCUGUUUCAAUCAUAAAUGAAAUAGAUCCACCCAAAUUUCCAUUGUUACUCUCUAGAAUUCUCCAGAAACUUCAUCUAAAGGAUGACAGUUCAUUUACUGAAGAUGAAGAAGAAAAACUUCAGUCCACCUUUAAACUUCCAGCCUCAGAUUUACAAUUGUUAAUAGAAGCCUUGGAGUUCUUUCUGCAGCAGGCUGCUUACCACACAGCAAAACCAGCUGUUUUGACUCAACAGUUGCAACAGUUAGAGAUUGAAGAGGAAAAGGUCAGUGUAAUUGUAGAGUCAUGGACCAACAGUGGACGAGAUGUGGUUCAGAAACUAAGGGAGAUAACCAUGGCCCCCAAACAGCUGACCGAUGUUAACUGGAGGCUGAACUUACAGAUGGCUCAAGACAACAAAACCAAGAUGAAAAUGCCCAAUGCUCAGUUUGAACUUGGAAUUAUACAUCAAGAUACACAGGAGAAGGAAAAGGUUAGGAUGGAGUUUACACAUGAUGAGUUGUUUGCAUUCUAUAAUCAGUUGGAGAAGAUACAGAAGCAACUUGAUGGCUUGAGCUGAGACAUUCUGGAUUGAGUGGAUUUCUUGGAAUAAGACAUGAGAAUUGACUGCCGUUCUCAAAUUUCUGUUUGAAACUAGUCUUUGAUGACUGAUAACCACGUGGAAAAAUUUGGAUGACAGACUCGGGCCAUUACGAUUACAACCUGUUGUAUAUACCAGUAUCACGUUUCAGUUUUGGACCAGUGAUAUUUUCAGAAACUGGCCAACAGAGAAAACUGGUUUACAUAUGUACAUAUGGGUGUGAAGUUUUGGGUAAAGCAGAACUUGGGAUCAGUGAAUAUUUAGCAGAAUGUGCUUUUAAGGUGUAAAUACUACAAUGUAUCAGUUCCAUUCUGCAU